UCCGUCACACUUAACUGACCGUGGAGCAGAUCACAUUCUUCGUCCGUCAAACCACUGCAUCGCGUAAAGGUUCAUGGACUUCUAACUGGACUGUUUAAACCACACACAAAAAAAGCUUCACCCUAAGGCGCAGUAUCAUUUUCUUUUAACUGUUAUCCAUGAGAUUCUUCAGGCUUACCUUCAAGUGCUUCGUCGACUGCUUUUGAAUCUCCUUUGUCAACGGCUGAACUGACCGCGGCGCUUUGUGAAAUUGUCCAUCUCUUGGCUGAGCUGAGGGGUUCCAACGUGUGAUCAUCACAAAAACUGCGAUUUCUUUUUUUAUUUCGAUAAGGCGAAAUUACAAUCUCAGCGAAUCAAAAAGACAACUGGAGCCCUGCAUACCAGGCGGCUACAUCUCUCUGUCUGCCCCUCUGAGCCCACCGGGGUGCCUUGCUAGCCAGGCACAUUCAUCAAACUUCAGCAGCCCCUGGCUCAAACCAUCAGCCAGCUUGCUUUACAAAAAAAAACAAGAUUUGUUUUUGUGCAGGUACCCUACAACAUGUCACCAGAGUUGAAAGAGAAUAGCCAAGGUGAAAUCAGCCUCCCCCAGUUGGAGGUAGGGAGCCUGUCUGAGGAGGAGGGCGGGGGAUCAGCUCGCCCCCUGGUGCCUGUGCCUGGAGCGGGCCCAGGGUGUGGUGAAGGCGGAGGGGCUGGCCCACUGCAGACCCAGGACGGGGCUGCAGCUGGGAGUGGAAAUGGGGCUGUAGCAGUACCAGUGGUGGAGAGAGAAACUUGGACCAGGCAGAUGGACUUCAUCAUGUCCUGCGUGGGUUUUGCUGUCGGCUUGGGCAACGUGUGGCGGUUCCCUUACCUUUGCUACAAGAACGGAGGAGGAGUUUUCCUGAUCCCCUACUUGCUCAUUGUGUUCAUCGGAGGCAUCCCAGUCUUCUUCCUGGAGAUUGCACUGGGGCAAUUCAUGAAGCAGGGAGGGGUCUCUGCUUGGAACAUCGCACCCCUCUUCAAAGGUUUGGGCUUGGCCUCAAUGGUGAUAGUGUUCUUCUGUAACACCUAUUACAUCAUGAUUCUUGUGUGGGCCCUUUACUUUCUCUUUCACUCCUUCACCAACGAGCUGCCAUGGGCCACCUGUGGACACCCCUGGAACACCCCCAACUGUACACAGGACUUCCGUCGAGCCUGCCACAACCGCAGUGCUGCCCAGGCGGCUCUGCCAUCGUCUUCUGCCAACCUCCUCUCCUCCACGUCCCCACUGAACCUGUCUUCAGCCCAGCUCCUUCUCAACGGAAGCUGCCCAGAGGCUGAGGGCAUGCGCUCCCCAGUCAUCGAGUUCUGGGAACGGAAAGUGCUCCGUCUGUCUGGUGGGCUGCACGAGCCUGGUGACAUCAGCUAUGAGAUGGUGCUGUGUCUCAUAGUCACCUGGAUCAUUGUUUACUUCUGCAUGUGGAAAGGAGUUAAAUCUACUGGCAAGGUUGUUUACUUCACAGCUCUGUUCCCCUACCUGGUUCUGGUCGUUCUUUUGGCCCAUGGAGUCACUCUUCCCGGAGCUUUAGAUGGGAUUGUUUACUACUUGAAACCAGACUGGUCCAAACUUGGAGAAGCACAGGUGUGGAUUGAUGCAGGCACUCAGAUUUUCUUCUCCUAUGCCAUCGGACUGGGCGCUUUGACUGCGCUGGGCAGCUACAAUCGCUUCCAUAACAACUGUUACCAGGAUGCAUUCUUGCUGGCCUUCAUUAACAGUGGAACGAGUUUCUUUGCAGGCUUUGUGGUGUUUUCCGUGCUGGGCUUCAUGGCUGCAGAGCAAGGCGUGGACAUCAGUAAGGUAGCUGAGAGUGGUCCAGGCCUGGCCUUUAUAGCCUAUCCCAAGGCUGUGACUCUGAUGCCUAUGGCGCCGCUCUGGGCAGCACUUUUCUUCUUUAUGUUGCUCAUACUAGGCCUGGAUAGCCAGUUUGUUGGGGUAGAGGGUUUGAUAACGGGAAUCAUGGACAUGCUACCACCUAAAUCUGCCCUGCGGCGAGAGGUGGUAGCAGCCAUCUGCUGCGUCAUCUGCUUCCUGAUCGACAUGUCCAUGGUCACUGAGGGAGGAAUGUAUGUCUUCCAGCUGUUUGACUACUACUCUGCCAGUGGCAUCACUCUGCUGUGGCAGGCCUUCUGGGAGUGUGUGGUGAUUGCAUGGGUCUAUGGCGCAGACCGUUUCAUGGAUGACGUGGCUCGUAUGAUCGGCUAUCAGCCCCUACCCUACAUGAAGUGGUGCUGGUCCUACAUCACGCCUUUUGUCUGUGUGGCAGUGUUCCUGUUCCACGUGGUGAACUACAAGCCUCUGACCUACAACACAGUGUACACUUACCCCUUGUGGGGUGAAUUGCUUGGCUGGGCAUUGGCCCUGUCCUCCAUGCUCUGUAUCCCUGUCACCGUUAUCUACAAACUACUGCGCUGCAAAGGAUCGUUGCGGGAGCGGUGGCAGCACCUAACCACCCCGGUUUGGGGCCGACAUCACCUGGAGUACCUGGCCCCGGAGAGCGAGGCCAAACUGUUGCCCCCUGCCGAAACCAAGAGCACGCUUCUCUUUGAAAGUGUCAUCUGAUGAGCUAAGCCCCACAGAACACAGAGCCAAGGUCGCCCAUGACAUCAACACACAAACUACACAAAACACAUGCACACCACACAGGCCUGGUUAAAGCAAAGUGCAGAUUGGAAAAUCCCUGGACAAAUGGACCAAAGAAAAAGAUGGGAGAAGAACUGAAACACACCCGCACCCAUACAGUCAUCACAUGCUGUUACACGCUCUGCUCUGCUUUCUGACUCUACCUCGCUGUCUCUCCCCUCUUUCUGCUCCCUGCCUUUGUGCUGUCCCGUCCCGUCUCGUUCUGUGAAUGUGAUGUGUCCAGUGUAGUUGCAGUAUCUUCCCUUUCUGUGCCUGUCUGUCAGGCUUUCAACAACAUCAUCCUUCCCAACAUGUCAUGCCAUUUUGUGAUGAAUGAGCAGAAACUUAAAAGAUUAAAAAUGAAAGACCUCAUAUCUGCUGCUGAUAUGCUAUGGUC